GGCGGGGCGCGGCGGCGGGGCGGGCUCGAUGGCGGCGGCGGCGGCGGAGGCGCUUUCGCGGGUCGCGGACGUGGAGAUCGACGACGGCGGCGUCUUCAAGUACGUGCUGGUGCGCGUGCGCGCGGCUGGCGGGCCCGGGAAGGACGUCGUGCGUGGCCAUGGCUGGGCCGAGUACCACGCCGACCUCUACGAGCGGACGGCGCAGGAGCUGGCGCAGCAAGGCCUGGGCUGCGAGUGCCUGGGGGGCGGCCGCCUCUCCCACCGCCCCGAGGAGAGGAAGAUCCAUGUCUACGGGUACUCGGUGGGCUUUGGGCGAGCAGACCACUCCGUGACUACAGAGAAGCUGAAGGCACAGUAUCCGGACUACGAGAUCACCUGGGCAGAUGAAGGCUACUGACUUGCUCUGGCUGGGCAUCAGCAUCGGCACCAGCCUGGAGCUGGUGUGGCCACAUCUGGCGUUGGGGUGGUGGCAGCAGGCUCCCCAUGCUCGGCAGCGCUCUGGGCUCUCCUGCUUUUACUUUGUGUUGAACUCGUCCAUUCUCCAGCCUCGCCAUACUUCCCACGCACUGUGGGUGUUCCCCAUCUCCCCAGCACAGCACAGCAAAGCCUUGGCGAAGCUGGUGGGUGCUCUGCCCCAGCCCUUCUGGUGGUGAGGGGGGUUUGUCCCACGUGUGUUAUGUGAGAAUUAAACACGUUGGGGAGUGCA